AUGGGUAACUAUUUCAGUUCAAUGUUCGAUAAAUUAUGGGGCUCCAAUAAAGAAAUCCGUAUUCUUAUCUUAGGUUUAGAUGGUGCCGGUAAAACCACGAUUUUAUAUAGAUUACAAAUAGGUGAAGUUGUAACAACUAAGCCAACUAUUGGUUUCAAUGUUGAAACUUUAACAUAUAAAAAUUUAAAAUUAAAUGUAUGGGAUUUAGGUGGUCAAACAAGUAUUAGGCCUUACUGGCGUUGUUAUUAUACUGAUACAGCAGCAGUUAUAUUUGUUGUGGAUUCUACAGAUAAAGAUCGUAUGAGUACUGCUUCAAAAGAAUUACAUAUGAUGUUACAAGAAGAGGAGUUACAAGACUCUGCAUUACUAGUAUUUGCAAACAAGCAGGAUCAGCCAGGUGCCUUAACUGCAAGUGAAGUCUCAAAAGAAUUGAACUUAGUAGAAUUAAAGGAAAGAAGUUGGUCCAUUGUGGCAUCUAGCGCCAUUAAAGGUGAAGGUAUUACCGAAGGUUUGGAUUGGUUAAUUGAUGUUAUAAAGGAAGAGCAAUUAUAA